CGCUUCGGAUUCGGAGCCUCCGCCUCCUCGCCAUUUACGGCAGCAACCGCGGCGGAGAGAGACGACCGAGGAGAGAGAGAGAGAGAGAGAGAGAGAGAGGGAGAGCUCCAGUGGUCGCCGCCGGCGAGGAGGAGCAGUGAAUGGUGCGGCGCGUGGGGUUAGCCGGCGCUCGUGGAUCGAUCUGAGCGAGAGGGGAGCUGCUGGAGACAGUGGUGCGUGCGUCCGCGGCAUGGCGUUGGCGGCGAAGGAGAGGAAGCUGAGUAGGCUUGGGAGUAAGGGCAGUGGCGGAGGAGGGGGAGGUGGGAGUUUCGGGGCGAGGGGGCAGCGGGCGCCGGCGGGGACGCAGCGGCGGCUGUUCGCGGCGUUCUUCGCGUUCCUCUUCGCCGGCGCGGUGCUCUUCGGCGCCGCGCACGUCAUUGGAGCAUCCUUCCGGCCCGUGCUCAAGACCGCGUGGCCGUCGGCCACCCUGAACGCCGUGUCGUCGGAGCGCGGCGCGCAGCAAGCCGGCAUGGUCAGCGUCGACGCCGUGUUGCCUUCUGUUCAUAUCCAGCACGCGGUUGCCUUGCCGGACCAUGUUCUCCUGAUGCUCAGAGAUGGCUCAUUGCUGCCGGCUUCGGGGCAAUUUGAGUGCCUGUACUCCCCUGUCAACUCGUCGCAGCUGCGUCGCCAGCCCUUGUCCGUCGCUACCUUGCCGGAUGGACCCAGCCUCGUCCAUUGUCCCGCCGGACCAUCCAGGGUCGCUGUGUCCCUCUCACUGGCGCAGUCGGUUCCGGUGGCGCCGUUGCAAUGGGAUCGGCUGGUGUACACUGCACUUAUUGACAGCAAGGACAACUCCACCGUUGUGUUUGCAAAGGGGAUGAACCUCCGUCCGGGUCGUCUAGGUGUGCCAUCACGGUACGAGUGUGUCUUUGGCCGAGACUUUUCGAAGCCAAAGCUUGUUGUCACCUCCCCAGUGGUUUCUGCUGCUCAGGAGAUAUUCCGGUGUGUGACACCAGUUCGCAUUCGCCGGUACCUCCGGAUGACUACCGGUGGCAAAAACAGCGUAAACAAUGAUGACAAGCCUAUGUUGGUCUCCAUCAGGACUAAGGGCCGGGGAAGCUCUACACUCCCCUCAAUCGCGCAACCGGAGCCGCUUCCUCGGUACAACAAGCAUUGGAGACGAAAGGCACACUCAAUGUGUGUCUGCACCAUGCUUCGCAACCAAGCACGGUUCCUGCGGGAAUGGAUCAUCUAUCACUCACGUAUUGGUGUGCAGCGGUGGUUCAUCUAUGACAACAACAGCGACGAUGGCAUUGAGGAGGUCCUCAACACCAUGGAUUCAUCCAGGUACAAUGUGACACGCUAUUUAUGGCCAUGGAUGAAAUCUCAGGAGGCUGGAUUUGCACAUUGUGCACUCAGGGCUCGAGAGAGCUGUGAGUGGGUGGGGUUCAUUGACAUAGAUGAGUUCCUGCACUUCCCUGGCAACCAAACACUACAAGAUGUCCUCCGAAAUUACUCUGUCAAGCCACGGAUCGGUGAGCUCAGGACUGCAUGCCAUAGUUUUGGUCCAUCAGGCCGGACUAAGAUCCCAAAGAAAGGUGUUACAACAGGCUACACCUGCCGGCUGGCUGCACCUGAGCGCCAUAAGUCAAUUGUCAGGCCAGACGCAUUGAACCCAUCCCUCAUCAAUGUGGUGCACCACUUCCAUCUGAAGGAAGGGAUGAAAUAUGUGAACAUUGGUCAGGGUAUGAUGCUGAUCAACCACUACAAAUACCAAGUCUGGGAGGUGUUCAAGGAUAAGUUCUCCGGACGUGUCGCGACAUAUGUUGCUGAUUGGCAGGACGAGGAGAAUGUUGGAUCAAGGGACAGGGCUCCUGGGCUUGGGACCAAACCGGUUGAACCAGAGGAUUGGCCGAGACGUUUCUGUGAAGUAUAUGAUAACGGUUUGAAAGAUUUUGUUCAGAAAGUUUUCACAGACCCACACACUGGAAAUCUUCCAUGGUAGAUUGGUAAACACUGUAUUUGGUCUUGCACAGCACGGCACCACAAUACAUGACAUGGAGACACAGACAGGGAAAGAAGAACCAAAAAGAAAUUAGAUAGAAGAGCGAUUUGCUCUUUGGUAUAUUUUUUGAAUUUUAAGGUCUUUUGAUCUUUUCUUAGUUCAUUAGAAUCAUCAUUUUUUGUUACAUAUCUAAGAAGGAAAUGAUUCUUUUGUAGAUAAAGAUAGGUAGCACAAUUCAUUGUAAGUUUGGUUGGGGGGAGACAAUCAAUACAAUCAAUUUCUUGAUUUCA